AUGCUUGAGGAUCCAGCGAGCAACCUGAAUCUUGCUUCAAUUCCUGUGCCACCAAAUUGCCAUAUCUAUAUACCAUUACCAAUUCUUGACGUCGGUGGCUGCUGUGGUGACUGGAGCGCAGCUGUGUGGGCUGGAACGGCAGUUGGAGUCGCUGGAGCGCGGCUGAAAUGGCUGGCUGAUGCUGGAGUAGAGAGGAAGAGGAAGGGUCGGUAG